AUGGCUCCUCGCUCCCGUACUAGAAGGCGUGCUCCUUCCAAGCGGCACUACGUCGAUCGCGUCGACUUAGACGGUGACGAAUUCUCCGUCGGCGAUUGCAUCUACGUCAAGAUCAACGGCGGCGAUUCGUCCAACGGAGCCUCCGAGGUCGCCGCCGACGGCUCGGAUUCAGACGAAUCCGAUGCGAGCGACGAGGAAUGCCAGAUUUGCGGGAAAGUUGUUGGUGCGGGAGAAGUGGAGGGGGAGGGGGAGGUGAUGGUGGAGUGCGACGGGUGCCUUGGUGGUUUCCACCUCGGCUGCCUCGAGCCGCCCCUUGCGGACAUUCCGGAAGGCGAUUGGUUCUGCCCGGCUUGUGCUGGAGCUGGCGGGGAAAGGGGGAGCGGAACAAGGGGAAGCAAACGCGGGAAGGGGGGGAAAGCGGGGACGGCGGGGACGGGGGGGGCGGCGGGGAAGGGGGGGAUGGCGGGGAAGGGGGGGAAGGCGGGGGAGGGGGGGAAGGCGGGGGAGGGGGGAAAGAAGCAGAAUCGACGGCGAACAGCGCGGGAGCGAGUGUUCGAUGGGGAGCUUGCGAUUGGUCGAAUCGAAAGGAUGUGGCGUGUGGACGAAUCAAAAGAGCGCGAUAGCCGGAUGGAUGAGAAGGAGGAGGGAGAGGGGGGGGAGAAAGCGGACGAGGAGGGGGAAGGGAAAGGGGAAGGGGAGGGAGAGGCGGAGGCGGAGGGGGAUGAGAGUGGGUGGUGGUGCAGGGUGAGGUGGUAUGUGUUGCCAGAGGAGACGGUGGAGGGCAGGCAGGCGCGGCACAGGAAGAGGGAGGUGUUCUAUGGGGAUGUGACGCAGGAGAUCGAGAUGGCCACAAUACUGCGCGCCUGCCAGGUGCUCCCAGAGCCGCUCUUUGCAGCAGCGGCCCACGCGGGGGACGACGUGUUUCUCUGCCGCAUGGCCUAUGACUCUCGCUCCCUCACCUUCAAACGCCUGCCCGCGGGCAUGCGCGGACCGGGGGGAACGGGGGCCAUGGGGGGAUUGGGGGGGACGAGGGGGAUGGCAGGGGGAGGUGGGGGCGGAACGGGCGUGCAGAGGCGUGGAGGUGAUGGGGGAGAGAAGAGGAGGAGAGGGGAGAGGGAUGAGGGGACUCGCAAGGGUUUGCGUGGGAGUGGGGAGGAUGGGGAAGGGAGUGGCGGGAGCGAUGGUAGUGAUUCUGGUGAGAGUGACAGUAGCGAAGGGUUGACUGAUUCCAGUGAUGAUGGUGAUAGUGACGAUGGUGAUAGUGAUCUUAGCCUGGAUGACGAGGAGGAGGAAGAGGGGGAGGAGGAAGAGGACGAGGAGGAAGAGGAUUGGGGAGUGGAGGGAGGGAGGAAGUUCAGAAAGAGAAUGAGGAAGGCCAGCAGACAUAAGGCUGCGAAGCACAAGAAGCGGCAACGGCUGGGCCAGGAGAAUGGCCUUAGCUCUUCCCAAGGGGACGGGGACCAUGGGCUGUUCUCCGUCUUCCAUAAUGAGCAGAGGAGCGCCGGAGGGAAUUCUGCUAAGCUGGUGGGAGAGAGAGAGGAUGAGAGAGAUGACACGUGGGACGAGGGGGAUGGGGAGAGCGACGGGGAGGGGGAUGAGGAGGACGAGGAGGAGGACGGGGAGAGGGAGGAGUCAGAGAGGCGUGUGAGGAAGGAUGGUGAGCAGAGGGAGAGGAAGGGAGGCGGGUUGGCGGCGGUGCGGAGGGCGAAGAGGGCGCUGCAGCUGUCCCGUGUGCCGCCGUGCCUGCCGUGCCGAGAGAGGGAGCAGCAGGAGGUGCAGGGGUUUGUGGCGAGAGUGGUUGGGGGCGGUGGAUCCGAGGGAGGUAUAUCUGAGGGCGGUAAUCUUGGGGGAUGCGCUUCUGGGAGAGAUGGCGGGGCACGAGCAGGAGGCGGAGUGGCGGGCACAGAGCAAGAGAAGGGAAACGAGGAGGUCAUGGGCUGGGGUACCAGGCACGGGCAAGACAGCAGUGGUGGUGGAGGUGAUGAGGCAGGCGAGGAGGAGCAGCAGCGAGGGGCUGCUGCCGCCCUUCCAGUUCGUCCACAUCAACGCCCUGCGCCUGCCCGCCCCCACUGCCUUCUUCUCCGUAAGCCCCCUUCCCUGUUAGCUUCUUCCCUGCCACCCCCUUCCCUGCCACCCCCUUCCCUGCCACCCCCUUCCCUGCCACCCCCUUCCCUGCACCUGUCCCCUUCCUCACUGCCUUCUUCUCUGGGAGAGGAGGAGGGGGAGGGGGAGGGGGAGGGGGAGGGGGAGGGGGAGGGGGAGGGGGAGGGGGAGGGGGAGGGGGAGGGGGAGGGGGGAGGGGGAGGGGGAGUGUGUGUGCUGCUGGUGGAUGAGAUGGAUCAGCUGAUCAGCAAGGACCAGAAGGUAGGGAGGAGGAUUGUGGAGCGGUUGGGAAGGAUUGGUGCUCUACAACAUCUUCGAGUGGACCACCUGGAGCUCUGCACGCCUUGCCGUUAUUGGGAUCACCCCACCGCCUGCUCCCCCUUCCUUUCCUCCUCCUGUCCUUUGCACCCUACAGGCUACACCUCCCCCUCCACAUCUCCCCCCCGCAUCGCCAACACGGUGGAUCUGCUUGUGCCCUGUGCACCCUACAUCUCCUUCUCCCCACCCCACAUCAUCCUCCCCCCCCCCCCCACACCGCUUCCUCCCAGGCAUCGCCAACACGGCAUCGCCAACACGGUGGAUCUGCUUGUGCCCUGUGCACCCUACAUCUCCUUCUCCCCACCCCACAUCAUCCUCCCCCCCCCCCCCACACCGCUUCCUCCCAGGCAUCGCCAACACGGCAUCGCCAACACGGUGGAUCUGCUUGUGCCCUGUGCACCCUACAUCUCCUUCUCCCCACCCCACAUCAUCCUCCCCCCCCCCCCCACACCGCUUCCUCCCAGGCAUCGCCAACACGGCAUCGCCAACACGGUGGACCUACCGGAGCGCCUGCUGCCGCGCAUCGCCAGCCGCAUGGGGCUGCACCGCGUGCCCUUUGCGCCGUACACGCGCCACCAGAUCGAGACGAUUGUCGCCGCCCGCCUGCACGCGUGCCAGCUGUUUGCACCGCGGGCCAUCGAGCUGGCUGCGAGGAAGGUGGCCUCGGUAUCCGGGGAUGUGCGGCGGGCGCUUGAGAUCUGCCGGAGGGCCGUGGAGAUUGCCGAUGCACAAGCCGGGCUGGCAGGGACUGGCCAUGCAGCCGAGGCGGGUUGUGCUGACGUGGUAGGUGAAGCUGACGUGGCAGGUGAAGCAGAGGUGGGAGUUGGUUCAGGAGAUGGUUUGGGAGGUGGUACGGGAGCAGGGUCGGGAGCUGGGUUCGGGGCGAUGGCGGGAGCAGGUCUGAGACUGGGUCCCGACGCAAGCCUGGUUAAGGAGAGUGCGGUGCGGUGUGGAGGAGGAGGAGUGGAGAGCGGUACAGCCACCCCCUCACGCCAUUUGAGGCCGAGAAAAGGGGUGCGAAGGGGAGAAGAGAGUGCGAGAGGAGCGAAGGGUGAGGUGACAAGGGAAAUAGAAGAGGGAAAGAGGGGACGGGCUGAGGGGAUGGAGGAGAGAAAGGAGGGGAAGGGGGAGGUGAAGGAAGUGGUAGAUGCACAAGCAGGUGAAAGAGAGGGUGUGGAAAAGGGGAAGGGAGGAGAAGUGGAGGAGAGACAUUGGCAGGCAUCGGCUGUGGCGUGGCAAGUUAGGAAAGCACAGCAAAGCCCGUUGGUGGUGCAGAUCGAGCACGUGGAGGCGGCCAUUCGAGAGAUCUUCUCCUCGCCCCACAUCAUGAUCAUUCGCCGCCUGUCCGCCGUUGAAAAGAUUUUCCUCGCUGCUCUCUCCUGUGACCUCCAUCGAUCCGGCGCUUCUGAAUCCACCUUUUCCCGGGUGCACCACUUAUGCCAUGCCUGGUUGCAACACCACAACUCCACCGUCCCUGCCACACCGUCACCUGCUGCACUCUCCUCUUUGGUUGCUGCCACGUCAGAAGCUCCUCCCGACCAGUCAGAGGGCCCCGGUGGCAGCGGGGAGAGGCAACUGGUGCAGCAGUCUGGGCGGAAGGAGGAAGCUUCCUGGGAGCUUCCAGUGCGGCUGAAUGUGUCUCACGAUGCCCUGCUAGCUGCGUGUGCACGCCUGGCAGAGUCGCACCUUUUGCUAGCAGAGGGCUCUGCCCAGCACUGCAUUCAGCGCAUUCAGCUCAACUUACCCAG